AUGACUCUACUUUUAAUUACUGAUAUUUAUCUAUUUACAGUGGAUGGAAACUGGGGAGAAUGGUCGGAUUAUAGCAACUGUUCUACAACAUGUGGUGGAGGAACACAAAACAGAACAAGACUAUGUGAUAAUCCAGAACCGAGUAAUGGCGGUUCUACCUGUUCUCCUCCCGGUAGCGAAACUAGGUCAUGUAAUCCGGUUUCAUGUAUAGGUAGUACUUUAUUUUUUAUAUCAGAUAUUUUUGCUGCAAUUUUGGUUGAUGAAGAAAGGACAGGAGUAUACCAAAAUUUGAUCAAAAUACAAACCAGGAUGUUCCGCUUGCGUUGUUACUAUACCUGUUAUCAAUGGCCAAUGUUAACCACAGAAAAAUUGGAAUAG